UUGGAUAUGAAAUCCAAAGCAGCUUUAGCUGCCGGACACAGUUAGCAAGCAGAUGAGAUGCUUCUCCUCGGCGGAACCUUUGGUUUAACUCGUGUUUUUUCGGUUUUUCGCCGAGAGCUGUGAUUACCGGAGUCGUUAACGGACAAGGAUUUGGGACUAUUGUGUCUGACAGAGUUCGUUUGAGGAGUUCGGCGAGCGGUAAAGGAGCAGUCGGUGUUAGCUAAUCUACGUUAGCUAAAGCUCCCUGGCUGUCUUAUAUAAACACAGCAGGCUCGUAGAUCUGCAGCUAAUGUUUAUUGAAUUCAAACUGAUUUUGUUCAGGUAACUCAAUUAUCGGACAUGACUUUGAUAUUCAGCUAUUGGUUAGUUUUGUGCUCCUGACCAGCUGCUGAAUAAGUUUUUCACUUCGGUUCAGCUCAAAGGAUUUGGUAACAAAACACCUCUGGGGCAAUUUAAUGCCCCUUAAAAGUGCGAUUUUUCUUUUUUUGUCCGUCUCCUUUUUUUAGUAGUGGGUAGCAUGAUUGAGAUGGAGUGGUUACAGAAGGCCCUUUGUGAGAAACCGUAGCCUGUACUCUAAUUUAUUGUUAUAUUUUGGGGGGAUUUUAAAAUAUAUAUUUUUUAAAUGUCACAUAGAUUGGAAAAAGCAUCAAUUUUGCUCCAAUGGCCGUCAUUGCGAGGCAGUCGGAGUGGCGGUCUGUUUUAGGAUCAAAACUUUUAAAUGAACAUUUUGGGAACAAGGUGAAAUAUAAUAGUAGAGAACUUUAUCUGCUUUGGUCAGACCAACAUUGAGCGUCUUGUGUGUAUAUUUUUAUAUAUAUUUAAAUCACUGUGAGGAGAGAAGAUGGAGACGGGAGUUCUGCCUCACCAGGGCGACCUGCUCCUCCACCCGCUCUCCAACCCUGGAGCGGCGGGGCUCUGCCCCGAAAUGCUUGAGGUGGCCGAGGAGGCCAGCCGGGCUGGGGACUUUAACCUGGCCGUAGAGAUCUACAGCUCCCAGCUCGCAGACCUCCAGCAGCCGGACCGGGGCUUGUGUCUGCGGAAGGGCGACUCUCUCGCCCGCGCCGGGCGGAUAUCAGAAGCGCUGGAGGCGUACUGCACGGUGGCCAACCUGGGCAAGCUGCGCCCGGAGGAGCUACUCGUCCUGGUGGAUACCAUCGCCCGGACGCUCCGCGGGAAAGAGCUGGGCCUUCCCGUGACCCUAAACGGGCAGACUAAAAGCGACGGCGGACAGGACGGGGCUCAUAACGACGGGGAAUGCGAAGAAGACGAAGCCCUGGAUUUGUUUUCCUGUCGCCUCUGCAAGUGUCUGCUGCAAGAGCCCGCGACUUUGGAGUGCGGCCACACUUUCUGUAAGCGCUGCGUGGACGGCGACGCCGUCAAAUAUUGCAUAAGCUGUAAACAGAAGCCGAGCAAAGGCGACCGGAGAGUUAACGUCGUCCUCAGCGGCCUGUUGGACAAGCUGUUUGAAACUGAGAGCAAAGCCAGGAAAAUGUGGAUCGAGGGGGAAGUUUUGUGGAGUAAACAGAACCUGGCGGACGCCUUGGAGCGGUAUAACGCAGCAGUAGAUUUAGCGCCCUCUUCAGGCAGCCUGCUAUGUCAACGGGCUGAACUGCACAUGGAGAUGAGGAACUUCAACCAGGCGGUGCAGGAUGCCAACAGUCUGUGCAGGUUAAAACCGCUAUGGACAAAGGCUCACUGCCUUAAAGCCACGGCGUUGAGUAAAGCCGACCGGAACGACGAGGCCUUGCAGGAAUACCUCCUAUGUCUGGCGCUGAAGCCGGACUGGACCAAAGUGAAGCUGGAGGCUCAGAAGGUGCUCAGCGCAGUGUUCUCCUCCGUGUUCGAGAACGAGGACAUGCCCACGCCGCUGCACCCCCUGCAGGGCGGGCUGGCCACCCGCCUGAUCAAACCCCCCGCCCUGCUCCAGUCGCUGAGGCCGCUGACACAGAAACCAGGCUGCUCCUCGCAGGAUUCAGAGUUCAGCGUAGCAAAAAGCUCCCCUGUGGACGGACCGUCUUCCGAGCUUUCUCCCAUGUCUCCCGCUAAGUCGGACCUGGCAGCAGGGGAAGGUAGCUCCAAAAGUCUGGCGAACAUUUUGGCUUCACUGCCGGCGCCCCACGGAGGCCUGAAAAGGAAGCACAGCGGCGACGGAGCCGCCGCACCUUUCAACCCUCCGUCCAAGCUCUCCAAACCUGACGAUGUAAAGGCGUUUCAGACGGCUUCAGUUUGCGGAGGCAGAGUGGUUCCUGUUGAUUUACUGGACAGUGGAGACCUGGAGUGUUCACUCUGCAUGAGAUUGUUCUACGAGCCUGUGGCUACUCCCUGUGGUCACACCUUCUGCCUCAAAUGUCUGGAGCGCUGUUUGGACCACAACCCCAACUGCCCUCUGUGCAAGGAGAAUCUGUCUGAGUUUCUUGCUACCAGAGGUUACAAGAAGACCUUUCUGAUGGAGGAAGUCCUACAGCGUUACCUUGGAGACGAGCUGGCAGAGCGGAAGAAAAUCCAUGAGGAGGAAAUGAAGGAGCUGUCUAAUUUGAACCAGGAAGUGCCCAUCUUUGUGUGCACCAUGGCCUUCCCCACCAUCCCCUGCCCGCUUCACGUCUUUGAGCCGCGCUACCGCCUCAUGAUUCGCCGCUCCAUGGAGACGGGCACCAAGCAGUUCGGCAUGUGCAUCGCCGACGAGCUCAAGGGCUUCGCCGACUACGGCUGCAUGCUGGAGGUGCGCGAUGUCAAGUUCUUUCCCGACGGCCGCUCGGUGGUCGACACUAUCGGAGUUUCUCGGUUCAAGGUCCUCAGCCACGGACAGAGAGACGGCUACAACACCGCUAAGAUAGAGUACCUGGAGGACAGGAAGGUUGAGGGGGAGGAGCUGGUGGAGCUUCUGAAGCUGCACGACUCUGUGUACGAUCAGGCCAACAACUGGUUCACGUCGCUGAAGGACAACAUGAAGAGUCAGAUCCUCAGCCACUUUGGACAUCUUCCCAGUAAAGAUCCGGACCCACAGGCGGUUCCCGAAGGCCCGGCCUGGUGCUGGUGGCUCCUCGCCGUCCUUCCGCUGGAGAACCGAGCCCAGCUCACCAUCCUGGCCAUGAACUCCCUCAAGGACCGCCUCAUCGCCAUCCGAAGGGUCCUCAUCUUCGUCACCCGCAAGAGGCCGCGGUGAUUGGGCCUCGUUUCGACCAGCUCGGGCGUCUAUGCAGUUCAGAAGUCUGACCUCCCUUAACGCCGUCGCCGUUUGACUCCACCCGUUUACUUUUCCGGUUCGCUUUUUUUAGUCCUGAGUCGGUCCACUCUGAGAUGUUGAUGACCAUGUAGCCCUUCAGAGCACAGCUUUCUGUGGAUGGCAUCAGGUUCGUUGUGGGGUGGGGGGGGAACAAAAAAACUUGAGUCAUCAUCACAUCGUUUUUGUAAGGAUGUGCCAGACAUUUUCAUUGAAUUAACAACUUGCAGAAACAUCGAAAGCAAAGCAGCUUCAGGAUGAAUAACGAUUCCCCUGCUUCCGCACACUAAGCAGUACUCACCAGAGAGGGGAACAGGAGACGGCCCACUACAGAAAUGUGCUGAAAAAUUGUGCAAAAACAGAAGGUGUUUUUUUUGCAUAGCAACAUAUAUGAUGAAUGUACUGAACGUUUUCCUCCUUUUCCCAUUCCCCUCCCCCCUCCCGCCUUACUAACUUUAGCAAAAUAUGUUCACCAAAUUUCCUUGUAGAAGAACCAGCAACUGCUCCCUCACUUUAAGUAUUCCUGACCGAGCCAAAACCAGGCCAGGUGUUUGGCGUGUAGCUGAGGACGAUGUCAUGACGACAGACGCACCGAGCCAAAUUCUGUUGCCAGUUUUCACUUUUGGUCAAACUUCUUAUACUGUUUUUACAGACUCAGAUAUAGAACUAACAGCAUUAAGGUAUUUUUUUCUCGCCUUGCUGCAGGAGGCAGCUUUACAUUGUGUGUGUGUGUGUGGGCGUGUGUGUGUGAGAGUGUGUAAGAGAAAGUGUGCGCAGUUGCCUGGAAGCGGGAUUUCCAAGAUGUAUUCCAAAUCCAGCCUGUUUCAAGUCGGAGUGUAAAAGCUCUGAAUAAUGAAACUAAGGGUGCACCGAUCACGAUUUUGGCCAGUACCGAAUAUUUCAUUUUUUAAAUCUUUUUUUAAAAAAAUUUAACUGAUGCCGUCAUUGAACCAAAGACGAGACUGUCACAGAAUCUUCAGUUCACAUUAAAUAUCUUCUGACAAUUUUGACUUCAUUUUUCUUUUUUUGUUCCCAAUUUCUUUUUUUUUACUUUACCGCUAACUACUUGAGACUUCUUCCCUCUGUGACGACGUCCACACCGAAGAGCGCUGACGGUAGCGCUACUUGUCAUGUAGGGUUUUAUGCAAGGUGCGUUCAGAGAUCGAAAAAAAAGAACCGAUUUCUGAGUUUCCUACCAGCCAGGACCAAUAACAUUUAAAAAAAAAAAAAAAAAUCUAGCAAUUUGUUCACCAGGCAAUUCCUCGGUGCGUCUCUCGUCAUGGCAGCUGUCGUGGGCGAGGAUGUGAUUCAGCUCAACGUUGAAGUGCAAACUUUAGACUACAGCGUGCAAAUGCGUGUUUAAUCCUGGUUUGAACAGAUCAAAGAACUUGCGUUCUUGCAAAACUGCAAACUGUGGUUGCAGUAAUGGAAAGACUGAUAGAAACUCAUCCAGACGUUGCUGAAGUGGCACAUUGUGUCCUAUUGUAGCAGACCGCCGGGACAAAACAGACGUGGUUUUAGGUUGUAAGUGUGGUUUUAGGUUGUAAGUGUACUCUUCUGUUUGUGUCUCUCUGCUCUGCCUGUAGCCGGGUAUCGGUGUGUAUAAUUUGGGUGAAUUAUAUGUAUAUCAAUGUAAUUCAGAGGCCUUUUUAAUGUCUCCAAGGAACAACUUCAUCGUCUUCUUUCUCUUUUACUGUCUGUAAUAUUAACUUGCACACAAUAAUAAUGCAAUUCCCACCCCACGGGGGUUUCCUUGUAAACAAUAAGACUUAUUUAUAUUUAAGCAACCUUGAAAACUGUUUUUUAUUAUUAUUUAUAAUUCGGCAUCAUUUAAUUUUUUUUUUUUUGCUUCUUCAGACAUUUGCUUUGGGGGGAAAAAAACAACUCGCCAUUAAGGCCCAGUUUCUACCUUAGUUUAUUAUUAUUAUUAUUUAAUUGAAGAAGCAGACGUUAUUCCUUUUUUCAGUCGUGCAAUUUACACAACCUCUUGGACAUUGAUGAAAGGAAAAAAAAAAGCAUAAAGAUUCAGUUCAAAGUAAAGCUGCAAAGAUCUUUUUGCGAAAUACAUAAAAAAAAAUUUUUUUUUAAAUCAUGUCAGCACCUUAAUUUUAACUGGUUUUGUAAA